AUGGCUAUUCGACUAGACUCUUUCAGACAGCUGCUGAGUCUGGUGAGCAGGACUCUGGUCAAGUCAGGACUAGACUCUUUCAGACAGCUGCUGAGUCUGGCGAGCAGGACUCUGGUCAAGUCAGGACUAGACUCUUUCAGACAGCUGCUGAGUCUGGCGAGCAGGACUCUGGUCAAGUCAGGACUAGACUCUUUCAGACAGCUGCUGAGUCUGGCGAGCAGGACUCUGGUCAAGUCAGGACUAGACUCUUUCAGACAGCUGCUGAGUCUGGCGAGCAGGACUCUGGUCAAGUCAGGACUAGACUCUUUCAGACAGCUGCUGAGUCUGGCGAGCAGGACUCUGGUCAAGUCAGGACUAGACUCUUUCAGACAGCUGCUGAGUCUGGCGAGCAGGACUCUGGUCAAGUCAGGACUAGACUCUUUCAGACAGCUGCUGAGUCUGGCGAGCAGGACUCUGGUCAAGUCAGGACUAGACUCUUUCAGACAGCUGCUGAGUCUGGCGAGCAGGACUCUGGUCAAGUCAGGACUAGACUCUUUCAGACAGCUGCUGAGUCUGGCGAGCAGGACUCUGGUCAAGUCAGGACUAGACUCUUUCAGACAGCUGCUGAGUCUGGCGAGCAGGACUCUGGUCAAGUCACGACUAGACUCUUCCAGACAGCUGCUGAGUCUGGCGAGCAGGACUCUGGUCAAGUCAGGACUAGACUCUUUCAGACAGCUGCUGAGUCUGGCGAGCAGGACUCUGGUCAAGUCAGGACUAGACUCUUUCAGACAGCUGCUGAGUCUGGCGAGCAGGACUCUGGUCAAGUCAGGACUAGACUCUUUCAGACAGCUGCUGAGUCUGGCGAGCAGGACUCUGGUCAAGUCAGGACUAGACUCUUUCAGACAGCUGCUGAGUCUGGCGAGCAGGACUCUGGUCAAGUCAGGACUAGACUCUUUCAGACAGCUGCUGAGUCUGGCGAGCAGGACUCUGGUCAAGUCAGGACUAGACUCUUUCAGACAGCUGCUGAGUCUGGCGAGCAGGACUCUGGUCAAGUCAGGACUAGACUCUUUCAGACAGCUGCUGAGUCUGGCGAGCAGGACUCUGGUCAAGUCAGGACUAGACUCUUUCAGACAGCUGCUGAGCCUGGCGAGCAGGACUCUGGUCAAGUCAGGACUAGACUCUUUCAGACAGCUGCUGAGCCUGGCGAGCAGGACUCUGGUCAAUUCACUCAUCUUCAUCCAACUCUUCGUCCGUCAACCAAUCAUCCGUCAAGUCAUCUUCAGUUGGCAGAUCUUCAGUCCACUACUUCAACACAACUGUAGUCGAUUCAUCUUCAGACUCAAAGGAAGCACUGAGGUCAUCAAUCCCUGUUCGUUUCCUUGUCUGAAUGGAGGUCAGUGUGUCCAUCCUGAGUCAUGUGACUGCAGUUUAUACCAAGCUACUGGAACACGAUGCCAAACAGUUCCUAACCCAGGAUUUGAGAGGGAGAUGGCGUGUCGGUCGUGGGGCCAGUAUAACUACGAGUCCUUUGAUGGGCUGUACUAUCACUUUCCUGGGAGAUGUACCUACACUCUGCUGAGAGACUGUGAAGACACCAGCCAGGCCAGCAUUCUCAUACAGGUCCACAAUGACCCAGACUGCCGCUCGUCUCCCUACUCCUGCACGCGGUCAGUUAGUCUCUUCCUGCCCUGGGAAGGAGAGAUCAGGUUGCACAGGUCCAAAGUUACCUUCAAGGGACAGAGUGUCCAGCUGCCUCACCACAUCCAUGACGUGGAGCUGGAGAAGAUCUCCCGCUAUGUCUUGGUGACCCAGCAACAUGGCUUCACCCUGGCCUGGGACGGACACAGUGGCUCUGUCUACAUCAAGCUGAGCCCAGAGUGGGUGGGCAGGACCUGCGGUCUGUGUGGCAACUUCAACGCAGACGUACAGGAUGACCUGAAGACCAGCUACGGUGUGGUGACGGAGGACCUGUCCAUGUUUGGGAACAGCUGGGUGGAGGAGGAGCUUCACCAGGUCAGGUGUCCCAUGGUGCCUUUCAUGUUCCCCUCGCCCUGCGCCUCACGUGACCCACACAUACUACUGGUGAGUAUAACCCUGACCCACACAUACUACUGGUCGGGUCCCAACGGUGAUGUGGUAUGCCAGGUGUUCACGGAGUAUGCCCGGGUCUGUGCCCACGCCGACCACCCACUGACGGACUGGAGGACUCACAUACCACAGUGUGCGAUGCCGUGCCCUCCAGGUCUGCAGUAUAAGGAGUGCAUCACCUGCUGCCCUGUGUCCUGUAACGUGGACAGAAUGUGUAUCGACAACAAGCUGCAGUGUCUAGACGGAUGCUACUGUCCCGACGACCUGAUCUAUGAGGAGGGAAGUUGUGUGAAGGCCUCAGACUGUCCCUGUGAAUACCACGGCAUGGUCUACCCCUCUGGACAGACCGUUCAGGAGGAGUGUAACAACUGCACGUGUGUGGGGGGAGUGUGGAACUGCACAGAGUACAGCUGCCCAGGAGAGUGCUCUGUGACUGGGGACAUGUUCUUCCACUCGUUUGACGGCAGGAUGUUCACCUUCCCAGCUUCCUGUCAGUAUGUCCUGGCUAAGAGUCGUAACUCAGGGAAGUUCACUGUCACCAUUCAGAAUACCCCGUGUGGACCCCAUUUGGACGGGUCUUGUAUCCAAUCAGUCAGCCUGGUCAUAGACGAGGACCCACGGACUGAGAUCACACUGACCCACCUAGGAGAGGUCUUCAUGGCAGGACAGUACCGCAUCUCUCUGCCCUAUUCAGACGAGGUGUUCCACAUCCAGGAGCUGUCCUCCAUGUACCUGCAGGUGCGUACUGCUCUGGGUCUGCAUCUGCAGUACAGCUGGAGGGAGUUCCGUCUCUACCUGCAGGUGGAUGAGCUGUGGAAGGGCGACACGGUGGGGCUCUGUGGAACCUUCAACGGAAACAUCCAGGACGACUUCCUGUCCCCGUCUGGUAUGAUAGAGAGCACCCCUCACCUGUUUGGCAAUGCCUGGAGGGUAUCCUCUGCCUGUGUCCCCAGCCAGAGUGUUCCCCAGCUUGACCCAUGUGACACCCAUCAGCAAGCAGCAUCCUACGCCUCUGAGAUGUGUGACAUCCUGAACCAGGAGUUGUUCUCAGCGUGUCAUGAGUACCUGAGUCCGGUGCCCUUUCACCAACAGUGUAAAGCAGACACCUGUAAGUGUGGCCAGCCCUGCCUCUGCUCUUCCCUGGCCCACUAUGCUAGACAGUGCAGGAAGUACUCUGUCAUCACGGAGUUCAGAGCCAGCGUACCUGACUGUGAGGUGACAUGCCCAGAUACCAUGGAGUACGGAACCUGUGUGUCGUCGUGCCAACGGCGUUGCUCCGCCCUGUCCACGCAGCAGCACUGUGGAGAGGAGUACCAACAGUGUCCGCUGGGUCAGAUGUACCUGGACUGUACUGAGGGGCUGGAGGGGCUGAAGGCUAUAGAUGGGAUCAGCCUGGGUAGAGGACUGGGCUGUGAACACACCUGUGAAUCCCACCUGCUCAACCUCACCUGUUCAGCUCAUGAACCGUGCAUACCUGGCUGUUUCUGUCCCCCUGGAUUACUGAAACAUGGCGAUGAGUGUUUUGAGCCUGACGCCUGCCCCUGCCUCUGGAAGGGGAAAGAGUACUAUCCAGGAGAUAGAGUCACCUCCCCCUGUCAUCAAUGUGUCUGCCAGCAUGGAACAUUCCAGUGUGUGUUCCGUCCGUGUCCAUCCAUGUGCACGGCCUAUGGGGACCGCCACUACAGGACCUUUGAUGGUCUACUGUUUGACUACGUUGGAGUGUGUAAAGUCUACCUAGUAAAGAGCAGUGCUGAUCUGAUGAUGAGUGUGACGGCUGAGAACGUGGACUGUUACGACAGCGGCGUCAUCUGCAGGAAAUCUCUACUCAUCAACAUUGGUAGAUCUUUCAUUGCGUUCGACGACGACAGUGGCAAACCAAACCCGUCCAGUGUGAUCGACUGGAGGCAGGAGGUGUUCAUAUGGAGCGCUGGGCUCUUCACCGUGGUCCACGUUCCCGAGGAGGACCUGACCGUGCUCUGGGAUCGCAAGACCACGGUCCACAUCCAGGCUGGACCACGCUGGCAGGGCAAGCUGAGCGGUCUGUGUGGGAACUUUGACCUGAGGACGGUCAAUGAGAUGAGGACACCAGAGAACAUAGACUCUGCCACGCCUCAGGAGUUUGGCAACAGCUGGACGGCAGCUGAGUGUGUUAACAGCCCAGACAUCAGACACCCCUGCAGUCUGAACCCCCUGAGGGAGCCGUUCUCCAAGAGGCAGUGUGGAGUCCUGCUCAGCGAGGUCUUCCUGGUCUGCCACCCGGUGGUGGACGUGACAUGGUUCUAUAUGAACUGCCUGGCUGAUACGUGCGGCUGUAGUCGCGGUGGAGACUGUGAGUGUUUCUGUACCAGCGUGGCAGCCUACGCCCACCGAUGCUGUCACCAGGGUGUCACCGUGGACUGGCGAUCCCCGUCGAUCUGCCCCUACGAUUGUGAAUACUACAACAAAGUUCUGGGUAAAGGCCCCUACAGGCUGGUGACCUACAGGGAGAGGGACACGGUGCUGGCAGCCAACAGGUCCAGUGGGACAGUGUUCCCUAAGAAAGGAGAACCUGCUGCGGCUGGCUUCCUGUCCCUCUUCAUGAUGACCCCUGGGCUCAGCAGAGCGCGUCCGCAUGACACAUCCCUGGUGUCGUUCGAGGCGUCCGAUCGGCCCAACUACUUCCUGGCUGUGGACAGCAGCGGCCAUCUCACACUGACCAAGUGGGAGGAGAGUGAAGCAUUCUGGGCCGCGGCUACCUUCACGCUGCACCAUGACACCUGGAUCCAGGGUUAUGAUUCUCUGGAGGCUUUGGCCAGACCGGGAUUCUUCCUCCACUACAUGCUGUCCUGGAUUCACCUCAUGAAGUACAAACACACCGACGGAUUCCGCAAAGCCACGCUCUUCAAACUGACAGGCCCUGGUCCAGACACCCCUACGGGUCCUAAGUGCCAGUGGAGGUAUGAGUCGUGUGUCAGCCCCUGCUUCAGGACCUGCAGUGACCCCUCGGGGGAGGCAUGUGGCACCGUUCCAAAGGUGGAGGGAUGUCUGCCUCUGUGUCCUGGUCACAUGGUGCUGGAUGAGGUCACUCAGAGAUGUGUCCAUGUUGAAGACUGCAUUAAGCCACCAGUUGCUGUGCAGCCAUUACUACUGUCAGCAGUGUUGAGUCCAACACCUGCAGCUGUCACUCCUUCAGCCACCACAACCACCACUAGGAGCAGCCGGCUAGCCCUGUCCUCUCCACGGCACGCUCCACCCCCGGGUCCCCCUGUCCCCUUCACCACCACCUCCAUCCAGCCUCCCUACACCACCACCCCUUCAGACACAGUCCCCACCACUGCAGCCACCACCACCACCAUUCCUAUUGUUCCGACCACAGUGACCGAUAAGGUGGUUCUGCCCAGCACCUCUUCAGCCGUACCGACUCCUGAGGGAACCAGUGCAGCAGCAACACCCUCAACUCCAUCCCUGGCCAUCUCAGUAAGACCUGAGAUGGUGGAAAGGCAGUACAGAGAGGACGACCAGGCCCCCAGCUCCACACCCAGCCCCCUAGGCCCCAGCACAGAGAGGACCAGCCAGGUCCCCUUCUCUAUCACAGCUCUGUUCUGGCUCACGUCCUCCACCACCAGGCCCUCUCUACACCCAGGGCCUAUAGACACCACAUUCACCAGCCCUCCUCCAUCCACUACCAUGGGCCCCUGGAUAAGCUCCACCGUGGGGCCUACUCAGACCAGCGCCCUGCCUGCAGUACCAAUCACCCCCACCAGUGUGACCACCAAGGCCACCACACGUCCAGGAGACACAGGGACUCCAGCCUCAACCACCUCUAGGCUCACGUCCAACCACAGUCUCAGAGACACCCAGGGACACAGCUUGGACUACAACUAG